ACGUUGUGUGCUCCAGGGUACAGUCUCGUGUUUAGUUCGUCUCGGAAACCACGAAACUUUUGGCGGAAGAGCUGAUGAGGCCGGAAUAGUUUGUUUGAAAUCAAGCGUCCUGCCAGCGAAUAUACAUUUAGAAAUAGCACACGUGUCUGUGUGUGUUUAAAUGCAUACGUGUCCUCAAGGAUUCGAAUGCAUGUGCGUACAUAAAUAUUUGGAUGAAUGUUUGAUCGUGUGUCCGUUGGAUCAACGAGCAAUCAGUGCCGAAAGUUUAUCAGUAUAAUUAUCACCCUGAUUUUCGAGUGAGGAAAGCCCAACGAAACGACUAAACAAGCAAUGUUCACAUCGACGAACUUACUGUUGUUAUGGCUUUGCAUUGCACUGAGCGCCUCCUCAGCGAUCGACGACAGUGCCAGCAGCAACGAUUUCUCUUGCAACUGUGAGCACUGCGAGGGCAGCAAAGUUUUGGGGAUCGAGGACAACGACGAGGAUCCCGAAAUCGACGACGGAACGACAACGUCUAAAAAUAUGUACACGGAGGACUUCGAUGGGGAUGGAAAUCGCACGAUCUGUGCUGCAGAUCGCGAUUUCGAAGAUCGCACUUUUCCCAGCAUUUGUCACAUGCUGUGUUACAACACGUGCACACGAUAUCGCAUACUCAUUUACAAAGUGAGGAAAGAAAAAAAGUAUGUCGCCUCGGCCUUCAGGACCGAUUUUUACAAGCUCCGCGACGGCCCCUGCUGAAAGAAGAUUUUGGAAAAGAUCACGGGAAUUGUAAAAGGAAGCAAGAAAAACGACGCAACACCGCACGAUGACAGCCGUCGACAAAGCGAGCAUCGAGUCGACGCAUUUGGAGAAAUUUUGUCGCAAAAUAAAUCAAAAUAUCGAUCAACCCCCCAGGGUUUAAUAAUUGAAAGUGCAGAUGUACCGAGUCCGAUAAUCCGAAAGGCGCUAAAAUAAAUAUGAUUUUAAAGAAA